CAUCGUCUAUUAGUAGACUUGCAGGCGUUCAGCCCCCUUCCUGUCCUCACUUAUUGUAGAAUUUUCUUCCAAAUGAAUGGAUGCAGCAGCAAAAGGAAGAGACCUGCAAAAUCAAAUAUGCAUCAUAGAGGAAGGUACAAGACCAUGAAUACGAAGCUUUGCUACAAAAAAAGAAGAAAAAAAAAGAGAGGAAGAAAAGAAAUUUGCAGCUUUUAUUCUUUUAAGAUACAGAAGACGCUAUUGAGAGAUUUUGAAGAGAAGAAGGAGAAGUUUUGGAUUUGUAGAUUGGACGAACACAGAGAGAUGGAUUGAUUGAAGAAGAGAAAUCAGAAGAGAAGCAAAGCCUGAAUCGGUUGCAGCUGGUCGGUUAAGAGAAAAAGGAUAUUUUCUUGCUCGUGAUGGAUCCUUUCUACUAUAUAGCAAAGAGAACUAAGUCUCGAGGUGCAUUUAGCAAAUCAAGUGUGUCUAGUAGAGGAAAGUGCAAAAAAGAUCAGACUAAGGGGUCUGGACUAUGCAGCAGUAGACCGGUGGCUGAUUCCUGCAAUUAUAUUGCAAAGAGAACUAGGUCUCGUGCUGCAGUUAUUAAUGGAACUUUGUCCAUUGAAAAGAAUACGAGGGAAGACCGUGGUAUGCCAUUGGAGGGAUGCGGCAACAGCAAGAGAAAGAAGCCUACAGGUGAUGGACAUAAGGAUUGGGCUUCUCAAGAAUUAAAGCAUCGCAAAAGAGGUCAUAGUGACAAUGACGAUGUGGAAGUUGUUGUUCUUGACAGUGAGGAUGAUGAAGAAGAAUAUAGAGGUGGAGAGCCUACUUUUGAUGAUUCUGACGAUGAGGAUUUGGGAAUGGACGAGUCCCACAGAGAGCUGUCAAGUUCUUCAAAUGGAGACGAAGAGAAAAAUGAAACUGAUGCGAAGACUGCACGUGGCAAGAAUGAUGAUUCUUGGGAAUCAUCUACUGAUUUCAGUGACAAAAAUGAUGAUUCUGAAGAUGAGGAUUUUGUGAUGGAUAAAUCCCAUAGUGAGCCAUCAAGUUCUUCUAGUGGAGACGAAGAUGCGGAAAAUGCCGCUGAUUGCCAUAAUGUAUGGAAAAAAAAUGUUGUUGGGGAAAGGAAAGAGAGAUUUGUAGGGUCUCGAAUGACAAAGUCUGGGAGUCAAAAUGACCCUAAUAUUGACACUGUUCCCAUUGAUACUAGUGAUGAGAAUUUUCUGCAAUUCUCUAGUGAUGGAAGUGGUUACUUAGAUGAUUCCAGCGAUGAGAAUUUUGUCAAGAAAGACAUUAAUAGGAGCACUUCCCGUCCUGUUUGUUCGGAAAAUUGUGUAGCAGAACAAACUAAAUCCCAUACCGUUUCAAGAUCUGAAAAAAAACAGAAAAAGAAGCUUGAAACUUUCGGUCGGCCAAUUUGUUUGGAUAAGGAAGUUGAUGAUUCCUUGACUGAGAAUGAUGAGGGUGACAAUGAUGAUGAGGAUGGAAUCAGUGGCAGUGAUGAAAGCAUUGAUGAAGUGUUUGCACAUAAUGGCACUGGUGGCAAUGGUGUUCAAAAUGAAUAUAGGGGGAGAAAGGAAGAGGAAGUUGGAAAGUCCACGAAGAGAAAGUGUGUCCAUGCACCAAAAGAUGUUGAUCAGGUUUUCAUGGCUCUGAUUAAUUCCAUUUGGGAGAAGGGGGAAGCGAAGGUGGUUUUGGAGAAUUCAAGUUCUAAACAUGAUGCUCACAAAGAAGAAAUAUAUCCACCUGUGGUUGAGGUGAAGUUUCCAUUGAAGUUCUCUUUUGGAAUUAAGAAGCCUAUAAUAGUGGAGAAGUCAGAAUCUGAGAAAGAACUGGAUCAUUUGUGGGGAGAGUUCGAUUUUGCUCUCAAUUCCAGUGAGAUUGGCUCCUUUGGUUCUUCUCCGGUUGAUGCUAAAGACACCAAUGUACCUGACUCUGAACUAGAUCCAUGUGUUCUUUGUUGUCAAGGGAAGCAUCAGGUCAUCCUUGAUGAGACUAUUGGAAUCCGAUGUAGGUUUUGCUCUUUUGUGAAGAUGGAGAUUAAAUAUUUAUUACCAUCAUGGGCUAAACAGCCUUUGAAGAGACCCAGCCAGCAAAUAUUUUCUAGUGAUGGGGAUGCCAAUAUGUUGAAUGAGUUUGAUUUCCAAGAUGAUGGAGCUGAUUCCCAUUAUUCACAUACUUUUGCUGAAGGCACCAUGUGGGACUUCAUUCCUGACCUCAGAAAGAGAAUGUAUCAACACCAGUGUGAAGGUUUUGAGUUUAUGUGGAAAAACUUAGCAGGAGGCAUUGAACUUGAGAUGUUGAAGAAGUCCACAAGUUCUGAUGGUUUGGGUGGGUGUGUGAUUUCACAUGCCCCAGGAACAGGGAAGACCCUCUUGACUAUAGUCUUUCUCAAGACGUACAUGAAAAUGUACCCAGACUGCUGACCAGUAAUUAUUGAUCCACUCAGCAUUCUCCUCACUUGGGAAGAAGAGUUCAGAAAGUGGAACAUUGGCAUUCCGUUCCAUAAUCUGAAUGACCCCGAGAUCCUUGAGAAAGAAAUUUCAAUUGUCUGUGGCUUGGCUAAGAGGUACCGAACUAAGAAACAGAGACGUAUGUUGAAGUUGUAUUCCUGGUCAGCACAGACAAGCAUCCUAGCGAUUAGUUAUAGUCUCUUUGAGAAACUUGCUGGAGAAAGAUUUGCCAAAGGUGACAAAAGACAAAAGAUUCCAUGUGACAAUCUAACUAAGGAGAUAAGGAAGAUCCUUCUUGAGAAACCUGGACUUUUAAUCCUUGAUGAAGGGCAUACGCCUCGUAACACUUGUAGUGGCAUUUGGAAGGCUCUGACAAAAAUUGAAACGGAGAGACGAAUCAUCCUUUCGGGAACUCCCUUUCAGAAUAAUUUUCAAGAGUUGUACAAUAUCUUGUGCUUGGUGAGGCCAAAAUUUGCAGAUGUGAUCCAGUCAAAAGGGAAAUGGGCAUCUUUGACCAGUUCUAUUGGAAAAUCCUCUGCUGAUGGGCUAGAGGAACUUAGAGUUAUGCUUGAUCCUUCUGUGCAUGUGCAUAGAGGUGGCAUACUUAAACAUAAUCUUCCUGGAAUGAGGAACUGGGAUAUUUAUUUACGUCCAACCUCUUUGCAAAAGGAACUCCUAGAUAGUGUUAAAGGAGUAUCGAAUAACUUUGAGCUAGAACAUCAGGUGGCCUUAGUUUCAGUCCAUCUUUCUUUAUUGAUGAACAUCAAGGAUCCUUUAUUUGGAAAAGCAGAUUCCAUUUCUGAAAAAUAUUUAGACAGUACGAGACUCAACCCAAAUGGAGGAGUGAAAACAAGGUUCCUCAUGGAACUCGUCCGACUUAUUAAGCCAACAAAGGAGAGGGUUUUGGUUUUCAGUCAAUACAUUGAACCAUUGAAGAUCAUAAAAGAACAACUUCAUGAACAUUUUAAUUGGACUGAAGGGAAGGAGGUAAUGCAGAUGCAAGGAAAUAUUGAGUCAAAGCAGAGGCAGUCCUCAAUAAAUCUCUUCAAUGACCCAGCAAGCGACGCAAGGAUUUUUCUCGCAUCAAUAAGGGCUUGUUCAGAAGGUAUACAGUUGAUUGGAGCUUCAAGGGUUGUCCUACUUGAUAUUGUUUGGAAUCCAUCUGUUUACAGGCAGGCCAUAAGCCGAGCAUAUAGACUUGGGCAGAAAAGGUUUGUAUACACCUAUCUUCUCAUUACAUCUGGGACAAUGGAGGAGGAGAAGUACAAAAAACAGGCUGAGAAGGAGGAGAUAUCAAAGUUGGUUUUUUCUUCAAGGAAUGCGAAUGAUGAGAGGAUGAAUGCUUUGUCAAGAGUCCCCGACGAUGAUAUCUUAGGAGAAAUGGUUCAAAACAGCAAGCUGAAAGAUAUAUUCAAAAUGGUUUGCCAGUGAUAGUAACUAUUUUAUUUGAAAAAAAAAACCAUUUGACCCUCUGAUUUUUUACCUUGAUCAUGUUGAUCGAGUAGGUCAAUUCUGAAUUUUAGAUCAGGCUUUCUGUUUGAGUCUUAAAAAAUGGUUUCAUAUGUUUGGCGACAUUAUACUUUAUUUAUAAGUAACUCAGCAAAAUUGUAGCAAAAGAAAGCCUUACUUUUGGGUAUCUCUCUCCUAAGUUGAAAGAUCUUAUACUUAAUGAAUGACAAUUAUCCAAUAGAGGAUUUUCCUUGCAACUUGAUUUGUAAUCUUGUAGAGAUGUGAUUCGAUUAAUACAAAAAUACCUUAUUGAUGGA